GCCGUUAGUUUUAUCCCUUAAACGGUUUAAAUUCGUUUAAAGACCUAAAUACAAAGUGACAGACUACUGAUGAGUUGAGUUCGGAUGACAGAUUUGCGUGAGAGGGAGUGUCUGAGCGCGCGCUCCUUUCCAACACACACAUAGCACUCAACACGAGCCUCACGCGCAUCUAGUACAUUCAGCCGCACAACGAUCAACACACAUUUACGUGAUUGUCCUCUGUGAAUAUGAUGUUCAUGAGGAAGGUCUGCUGCUUUCUGCUCUGUUGUGUUUUUGAGGCGAGCGUUGCGCGCAGGACAGAAGAAGGGGAGAUUUUGGAAAAGAUUGAGAGCGCGCGCUGCGUCUCGCGCUGCCUCACACUUCACAUCACGCAGAUCACGGCGUCAUUCAAACACCUGCAGAAUGACCAUGUGUUGGGUUGGUGUGAGAACCACAGGAGAUGUUCACAGUGCCUACAACCAUGCAAGGAAUUAUGGGAUACAAGACAAGCCCUGUCUCCCAAGACCUGCGAGAAGCAUCACGAGUGUGUGACCAGUGCUGAGUUUCUACGAUCACUGCGGACACAGAAGCAGGGCGACUGUCCUCCGCCCCAGAGGGCAUCAGGCUUCGCUGCAGCCUGCGUGGAGGGCUGUGCGAUUGACCACGAGUGCUCUGGCUUCAAAAAGUGUUGCUCAAACGGAUGUGGCCACACCUGCCAGUCCCCGGCCAACCUUUACAAAGGAGUCCCUUUGAAGCCAAGGAGAGACAUUUCCUUUUCAGAAGACCAGCACGGCCAUCUGAAGGUGACAUGGAUGUCCAAGUUUAACGUCUCUGUUGAGCCGGUUAUUUAUAUUCUUCAGAGGAGGUGGAAUCAUGGGAUUCACCCCAGUGAGGACGAAGCAUCGGCCUGGCAGACUGUUCUCAUGACCAUGGAGGACCGCUCCGUGUUGAAGGACAUCCGGCCCCACAGGUGGUACCAGUUUCGAGUUAGUGCGGUCAACAGUCAGGGCACAAGAGGCUUCACCACUCCCAGCAAGCAUUUCUUUUCUGUACGAGAUCCGUUUCCCCCAGAGACCCCACAGAAUGCCAGAACAAGGAACCAGACGGUUCACUCUGACGGCACGGUGAGUGUUCUGGUCCUGUGGGAGGCCCCCAGGGAGAGCGACUUGGUGGUCCACCAUUACAAGGUGACCUGGAACACUCGAGGAACACCCCCAACUAGCCAGAGCCGGGCUGGACGGGUCACAGAUGGGGAUGUAACGGAGAUGGAGCUUCAUGGUCUACAGCCCAACACACACUACACAGCACAGAUUCAGGCCAUCUCUUACUGGGGUCAGAAUCGACUCAAGAGCAGCCGAGCUCACCUCUCCUUCAUCACCGCUGCAGCCACCACAUCCUCUUAUGGGAAUGGCCAUCUUUCUGGAGAGUUCUCUAAUGAGCUUCCAAUAUCCCACUCCUCUCCCAGUAUCCUGAGGCUAGAGGCAGCCGCCCCUCAUUAUCACGACAACCAGCUGCAGGUCAAGGUCUUCUGGAAGAGCCGAAUCCAAGGCAACCAAAAGGAUUCCAGUUCAUAUGUUCUGAGAUGGUAUCCUGAAGUUUGUGCCAAUAACGUAACGAAAGGCGAGAAAACAGCCACAGUUCAGGGAACACAUUUUGUGAUUACUGGCCUGUUUUUUGCCUGUAAGUACCGUGUGGCAGUGAAGCCCAUUACGGAACAAGAGCAGAGGACUGAGGUCAUGACCUCUGUUACUACUCCACUUUGCUUAUCACUGAUGGGCAGACGGAAAAAACUGACUGCCUGUGCCAGAGAUGAGCGCCAUCCUCAGUUUAAAAAAGCCCUGCAGCGGCCUGAGAAACUGGCAGCGUCGUUCCAGCCAGUGAACAGCUCCAUACAGGCAGUUUUCAGCUGGCAAGUGUCGCCAGAGAGCACAGGCCAGACACCCGUCACUGGAUUCCAGUUCUCCUGGGUCAAAGUGUCCAGCAGCAGCACUAAUGGCACACUGAUCUCCCAAACACACAUCCUGCCUCCAGAUCAGCUGUCGCUCACUGUAGACACGCUCCAGCCAGAGAGUGUGUACCGAGUUGAGGUGCAGGUUCUGUCUGAAGCAGGAAGUGGACCAUCAGUGGCCAAAACGCUCCACACUCCUCAUGUGAAUGGCACACUCCUCUGAGAUGGAGAAAAAGACGUGAGAAAUCAAGCUACUCAUACAUAAAGUGCUUGUGAUGUUCCUCAUUUGGACACAUGCAUCCGCUAAAUGUAAAAGCACACUUCAUCAUCACAGAGAAAAUGUUAUCAAACUCCAGAAUCUCCCAGCUGUUCUCUGUUGUCAUGGAGAUUGUGUAUGGAGGCCUCUCCCACCAGACCAGCAUGUUCACUGAAGCAACGUGGAAGUUAAGGGUUUAGAUCAGUGUACUGUAACAUAUGAAUGUUAAGUAGCCAAAGAGUGUAUUAGUUUUGUAAAAAUGUGUAGCACUGAUGUAUUUAGUUGCGUAUAUUAUGUGUCCUAUUAUUUUAUUGACAUUUAUGUUUUUCAUACAGAAGUAUAAUGUGCCAAUGGGCCUCAUUCAUGAAACUCAAUCAGUAUGGUUUUCUGUCUAAAUAGCUUGCAAAACAACUGGCAUUGUUUAUGUUACCUUUUUAUUAUUAAUUUAGAGGACACUUUAUAUAUAAAUCGUGUUUCUUUCAUGAGAAUUAAACCCAAUGACCAUCAAAGAUCAUGUUAACAAAUUUUACACAGAAAUUCAUUCUGUUCGUGUUUGAUGAAUAAUACCUAACAUCAAUAUUUUUAAUGUAAUAUAUUAAAUUUAAACGCAGGAUCUCUAACCUGGUUACCAACCCUGUUUGGAAUUCAUCUCAGAUGGCAUCAUUUGAACAGGGUCAUUUCUGAACAACAGCAUGUCUGAUUUAAUUUAUUGUGAAUGUAAUUCAUUAAUCUCAAGCAGAACAGUGUAAUAUACUAAACUUUCUAUGACAAAUAGUGAUAUAUGUCGGUGCCUUAUACUGUAUCAGUUAUCAGGCUAGAUCCGAUUGAUUUACAGCAUACGUCUCAGCUUUAGCUGUCUAUCUGCCUUUACAAAUGACUCACAGCAAAUAGAAACAGCAGAAAAAGUGCUGUGGAUACUGCUGCUUAAAUUAGGCAAAUGUUCUUUAGACAUAAAAUGCGUUUUUAAAGAUGUAUCUUUGUAGAAUAUAGCAUACUGUUUUUGUAAAUAUUGAAUUUGGUGCAUUAUCUAUGGUUUGCUGUCAUUUCUAAUAAACUAGGUUAAAUGAA